AUGUCCAAGUCCGGCGAUCUUCUAGAUGAUAGUGCAGAAUGGGUUGAGCUGUCUUCCCACGCAUUGAAUACCGGACGGAACUCUCCACACAGUCGGUAUGCUGGUGUUGUUAUGCACUCCACCGACCUUUCUAUGCUCUGCUCUGCUCUCGAAGAUCACAUCAAGACCUCGAUUACUCCUUUAAACACAGCUUUUGGGGCUACCUCCUUUGAAAUCCAAAAGAACAUGGACUUUGCUCCAGAAUUAUGCGCAGGUCAAUUCGGUGAAUGGCCCAGUCGCCCGAAUGUGUCCGGGCCGUGUUCAUUGUUGCUCUCGACUGGUCCCAACUCCUCGGACCCGUGUUCAACCGAUCUGACACCGCCAAAUUCGCUGGACGGGUCCUGUAUGGGCAAACUGGAGUUCUUACAGGAAUCCAGCCUUCGUUCUUGGCGGCUACGUCAUUCCUCAUUCUUUCAAUGGCGUUUCGUCGGUUGGCUUUUGCAUAAUUUGCCUUCACUCUUCCGUCAUUUCGCCUCUUUUCUGCUAGGUGCAGCCGCGUAUAAUGUUUAUCCUCUUGAGGAAGCGGGGAAAACUCUCACCCCUCGGUCACGUCCCACUGGAAUAGUGGGUGAGGUUUUUUUCCUUGUCAUCUUAUUUGGUUCUCUUCACCCAACGGCUCAUUGA